AUGGGAAAGACGUCUGGGGGACGUCCCGAGGCAGGAGUCCGCGCGCACAGAGUUAAUAACCGCAGGGAGUCCGGCGUGUCGUGGGGUCGGCGCGGGCGCGGGGUAGGGGGAGGGGGCGCGCGCGCGGGCAGCUCGGGCGCGUGGCGGCGGCGCGAGCGGCUCGCGCAGUCUCGCAGGCCCAUGGAGAUCCUCACCAGCCUCUAUGCGCUGCUGUCUGGCGGGCAAGGUAUUAACCCGAAGAUCGACUCUGUAGCGUUCCGCUUGCAUUGCGGAGCAACUACCGCUGCGCUAUUGGCAGCGAGCGCGGCUCUGACCACGCGCCAUCUUGUGGGCAACCCGAUAGACUGCAUACACACGAGAGAUAUACCAGAGGACGUCCUUAACACUUACUGCUGGAUCCAUUCCACGUUCACCGUGGCGGGGGAAGCGGGUGCUUACCCCGGGGUGCGAGGCGCUGGCACUUCGCCGCGGAGGUACGGGAAGUACUACCAGUGGGUCGCCUUCAUGCUGUUCCUACAGGUCAGUAUUAUUAAUGACUAAGCUUAUACUUC